CUGGCGCAGUGAAUCAGACUCCCCCCCCCCCGGCGCGGGUGGCGUGGGUUUGGCUGCCUGGGGGCGUCGGCUUCCCCUUCGCCGGCAGACGACUACUUAGGGGAGAAGGAGUGUUCAGAACUUCCUCCUGCCAGCGUUUGGCCCCUGGCCUCGGGCUCUUGCCCUCCCUCCUCAGGAGCCUGCCCUUCGCCCCAGCUGGCUCCCCGAGUUUGCAGGGCAUUUGCUGGGGAGAGGUAUCUUACAAAUCUGUCUUUCCACACCAUCAAGAGGAGAUUCUCUCUUUGAAAGCUGGACUAAAUAAAGUAUAUGUGGAAGAGGUUCAUGCAGGAGGUGUGCUAGAAAUGAGAGGAUACCUGGUGUUCAUAAUUCUGAGUUGUGUCUUUCUCUAUUAUGUACUUCAUUGCAUUUUGUGGAGAGACAAUAUCAGUUGGCUACGAGUUACAGAAAUGAAAAGGUCGCCAGUGCUGUCUUGUCCAUUGAAGCCUGCUUUUGAGUCUCUACUGAGUUUUCGUGGAAUAUAUCCUUUCAUGUGUACAAGUGAUUUAAAAACAAUAGCCACUCUCAUGGGUGAGAAGAUUGCACUACCCUAUGGGGUAAAGAAAUCAAUGCAUCAUUUCCACCUUGCUCUCUCAAAACUUCAGAGUUGUGACCUGUUCCCUGAGUCUGACAAAGUUCCCUGUAAAAAAUGUAUUGUUGUUGGUAAUGGCGCAGUUUUAAAGAAUAAGACACUGGGAGAAAAAAUCGACUCCUAUGAUGUGAUAAUAAGAAUAAAUGAUGGACCUGUCAGAGGACAUGAAGAGGAUGUUGGGACAAGGACAACUUUCCGGAUUUUUUACCCAGAAUCUGUCUUUUCAAACCCAGCCGACAAUGAUCCUAAGUCUGUUGCCAUCCUUACAGUCUUCAAAUCUCAUGACUUAAAGUGGUUGUGGGAAGUGCUGGCUGGCAUCACGCCAGAGGUUAAUUAUUUUUGGAAGAAACCAGCCUUAAAUCUCAUCUAUAAACCUGAAAAAAUCAGAAUCUUAGAUCCUAUUAUUACAAGAAUAGCUGCUUUCAACUUGCUUCAUUUUCCUACAACUUUUCCCCAAAAAGAGAAACCCAAACACCCAACAACAGGGAUCAUCGCCAUCACACUGGCAUUUUACAUAUGCCAUGAAGUUCACUUAGCAGGUUUUAAGUACAAUUUUACUGAUAUAAAUGGGCCUUUGCACUAUUAUGGGAAUUCAGCCAUGUCUGUGAUGAUCGAGAAUGAAUACCACAACAUAACUGCAGAACAGAUUUUCUUAAAGAGCAUCAUAGAAAAGAACUUCGUUAUUAAUUUGACAAAAGAUUGACCCUAAAGACUCAAGAUAUUGAUAUUUCAUUGGUAUUUUUUUUUUAUAAAAUUUGAGUUUAUUCUUUAAAAUGUCAAGCUACUUCUGUAAAACACAUCCUUCAGUUUUUGUAUAAUUGUUAGGAAGUGUUCAAGACCUGAGUCUGUUAUUGUCUGCUGGUCUAGAUUAGACAGAAGUUGCAUUCUGUGAAUAUAUUUAAUUAUGAAAACAAAUUGCAGUUAAGAGAGCAGGACAAAUGUUAGGAUAUUCUGAAAAUUCAGUGUUUAAAAUGAAAGAAUCCUAACUUUAAAUUCUCAUUUGGAAGAAGUCUACAUUUCUAAGAAUCAAGAAAAUUGGGUGGCUCCACAGUUCUCUUCAGAUACCCCAAUCAAAAUGAUAAUCAUCUUCUGAAAGUUAGACUACCUGAGUAGAGUUGAUCCAGGAUGAGCUGGGCCUGAAUAUUAUGGGAAUAAAGGAACAAUAAUAGCAUUGUGUCUAUGGAAUUAUAAGUUUUUAUCUGAAUCAUCUGGAGAUUUCAAUUUGUAACCUUUGUAUCUCUGACUCCGGAGCUGUGUUUUGACCAAAGUUAACUGACUAGCCUUAACUUUCUGUUUAAUCUCUAUUGUUUUUUUUCCUCUCAUGGAAGGCCAUGGCAGUGCAUUUCUGCAUCUGGAGACAUUCAUUUAAGUUUACAGUGGUGAUAUGUCUUUAGAAUGAAAUAGAAAUUGAGUUUUUAGAAGUGUAAAUGUAAAUUAUAAAAAUACUUGAAUGAAAAAUACUUGAAUAAAAACGGGAGUUUUUUUUUCUUCAAAAUGUUACAAAAGUCAUCCUUGUAACUCUUGUAGUCAUAUAGACACUUCUUUUAGGGACUGCCUUUCUUGCCACAGGUUGUCUCUAGUCUAGACAUGUUUUUCCCCCCUCCCUCCCCUCCUGAUUGAUUUUCUUGAGUAUUUGAUGCUUAAAAACUUUACAUGAAGUAAACUUCCAGGCCCAUGCUAUCUUCAACUGGGUUUCUUAGCCUGUCUUUGGUUUCUCACUACCUGUGAUAUCACUGAUAGGAAACCAAUUCAAUGCACUUGAACAAGACCUCUAUCCCUCCCUAUAAAACCCCACUGAGCUGCCCUGAUGUAUGGACAAACUAGCUAUAACCAUUCUGAACUACUUGGCCUAAGUGGAUGGGUAGUUGUGGACCAUCAAUCCCCUUCUCUCUCUGGCUGUAGCCUGAAAAGUCAUCUUGUCAGUGAUUUGGAGGACUUUUCCAGCUGUAUCCUUGACUGUUCCUACCCAGUUUUAUACCUUAAGUCUCCCCUUUUAUCAAUUAAAAAUGCAUUUGUAAUAAAGACCUACUGCUUUCAGCAUCCUAGUUGUCUACCUCAGUAUCCCCCAAUAUGGCUGCAAUAGAUGAAGACAAUCUAAUAAUUCACAAUAUUUGCCUGGCUUGAAGUCCCUGGAUCUCUCACAUAAUGUUUCCCCCUCACAUUCUUCCUCUUACCCACAGCCCACUCAUUUUCAAAGUACCACCCACUUCACUACCAAAAUACCUCCUGUGCCCCCCCUUUUUUUUUUAAGCAACUAUCUUCUAACUGCCUCUGGUCACUGGUCCACUACAAUUUCUCUUCCUAAAGCACUGCUUUGGUUGUUAUUCACUACUACCAAACUCUUCAGUGACUUUCCCUUGGCUUACAGAACGAAUUUAUAACUUAAUCGGGGAAUUCCCCCUGAACUAAAUAAAAUAUCCUGUGCUUCCCCUCUUCAGUAUUUUCAGUCAUUCUGUUCUGCCCUAAAAUGUCCUUCCCACAGCAACGGUUCUGUCUACUUAAAUUCUCAUAUGCCUCUUUCUCCAUGAUUCCUCCCAAAUCUUCCACCUACCUCCACAGCACCCCAACUGUGUUUAAGACCUUCUUGGUAGCCUUGUAUUUCUAUUUUAUGUAAAUGUCAUCCCUUUUACUAGAUUGUAAGCUUUUUGAGGCAAGGACCACAUCUUCUUAAUCUGUCUCCCCACAGUGAUUUGUAUGUAGUAGCUGCUUAAUAAAAGCUUAUUUAAAUUAAGAAAAAGUAGUGUUAAAUAUAUUUAUCCUCAUCCUAAGGUUGAACCCUGUCCUCUAGCAUAUCAGUGUGUUCAAUUUCUUUUAAUUUUACAUUUCUAUGAAACAGGUGUAUCAUGAGUAAAUUUACUAGAUUAGAUCAUAAGCACUGAGGAUCAAGAUGAAACAAUACAAAAGAGAAAGGAAGAUAUAGUUCUCCACUUUGUCAGCUUUAUGUGGAGCUUCCAACUUUGACAAUUAUUUUGGUAAUAAAGAAACUAAUGCUGUGCGCUCUUGACAAGCUGUUUAUGGUGUAAACCUCUAGGUUCUACUCCAGAGGGUGAAAUUAGGAAUUACAUAAUAAAUCAUGGGGCCUGGAGGAGGAGACCUGCGGAAUGAAGAACAGUUUGGAGAAUCACUGUUUUUGGACUGUUUCAUGUAGAAAAAGGACUCUAAGAUUAAAUCAUGAUGAUGACCAGAAGCCCCAUGAAGAAAAAAAGUAUUCCACCUACUUAUACAGGUUUAACAGUAGCAAUGAGUAAUGUAAGUAUAUAUACAUACACACACACAUAUAUACACAUACCACUUCAAUAGGUAACACUUAACAACCUUGUUACCAUCUCUGAGUGCGCACUAGUAGAAUUCAGAGGAAAAAAAGAUUUAAAGAAGAUUUAAUGAUUAAAAGAAUGGGGAAAACAGAGAAAAAUACAAAAUGUGUCAGCUCUUACUGCUCACCCAAUGACAACAUUACUCACUUGAAGGGAAAGGAUAAGUUUUAAUUUAAGAACAAAAGUUUAAAAUGGGGGGAGGGGGCAGCUAGGUGGCACACUGGAUAGAGAACCAGCCCUGGAGUCAGGAAGCCUUGAG